GAAUGAAGAUUGGGGAAAGGCUGUUGGAUUUGGCAACUAAGGGAUUGUUAGUAAAGAGAGCAGCUUUGGUGGAAUAUGGUCAGAAACUGGAUUGGAAGGGCUUCCGAAGGGAGAGGAAAAGAAGUGGAGCCAUCCAUUAUACACGACCUUCCCAAGGAAUUGGGCCACAAAGAGGAGAGAAAUGGGACUCUAGCUAGUAGACAUAUAGAGGAAGGCUAGGGAAGCCAGGGGCAUGUUUGUAGUCAAUAACCAGUGCACAGAAAUUGAGGAUCAGUGGGAGUAGAGAGAAUGGCCUGAGAUCGUUUGUAUGGGUGGAAGGGUUUGUCUUGGCUUUCUCUUCAUGUGACACCUGAAGGCAGAGAAAGUGGGGAAAGUGACUGGCAUGAGGGGAAAAGAGGGAGCUCACAGGUCAAUCUGAUUUAUUUUAUUUUUAUUAUUUUUAUUUUUUAGUAAAAUGAGGCAAGGAUCUCAGCUGAGAGAAUGGGAAGAAGUGGAACCAUGGGAGCUUUUGAAGGGCUAUUCUGAGAAGUGAGAUAGUGAAUGAAUUAGGGAAGUGAAAAAGAUUGCCUGGCUGCCUUGAGGGCCCAGCUGAGGUUACGGAACACAUCUGUAGUGAACCUGGUCCGAAGGGCAAUGGGCUGGGUCAGAUACAAAGCAUGGGAAAGUUCCUGUGCAGGGUUGGGCCCAGCAUUAGUCCCUCCAUUUCAACCUGAUCUUGAAAGAUAGUGACAGAGCAGGGGAGAGACAUGCUGGGCCCUGUGCUUUAAGAAUAGCGUUUUGGCUUGUGUGGAGGACAGGGUCUUUGGAACGGAGGUCCAGAAGUGAACUGGAAUCCGGUCCUAGUGGGAGAAGUGCUGGCACGCAGUGGGGAGGCGGCCAGUUGUGCUGGCCAUUUCGGGCGUGAAGGCUGUGGGCCCAUCUCCUGAGUCCUGGCUCUGCCAGAGCAAAACGCCUUUGGGACAAGUGCUGUGCUCCAGGGUGAGAGAGUGUUUGCCAUUGGCUAAGGGGCUGCUGUUGGUGACACACUGGUGAGAUAGCUAGACCCGAGAUAGUUAUCUGCAGUUUGCAGAGGUUAAAUUACCUGCCCAGCGUCCCACAGCUAGUGGGCAGUAGAUCUGGGUCUCUAACCCAGGGCUUGUGUGUGACUUGAGUGCUCCCCCCAAAGCCCAAGUGUUCACCAAGAAAAAGUAGCAGGGGAGCCCCUGGAAAGGCUCUCCUCCCAAGAGGGAAAGGGGCCUGCCCUAAGACCCUCAUGGUGAAGUGUCCAGGGCCCAGAGGCCCGGAGGCUUGGAAGUCUGGUCCUGCCACCAUUUAGAGUAUGUGACUUGGGGAAAGUCUGUCCCCCACUUGCAUUUUCUACCCAGUAAAAUGCCUAGUUCAGGCCAAAUGAUCCCUGAGAGCAAAGGGGGAGAGCUAGGAAGAACCCCAGAGAUCAUUUAAUCCCGGCUGCCUCAGGGGGAAUGGCCAACCCCAGUUCACACAGCGGUGGGGCCAAGCCCACAGCAGGAUGCAGGUCCCGAGACUCCGGGCCACGUGCCUGGAAAGGCCUGGCCCAAUCGGGUGCCCAGCAGGAGCAGGAGCUGGCCCCCAGGGGCCACAGAGGAGGGGGCGUCAGGGAACAAGCUCUUCCUCGCCAGGGGGUCUGGGUGCCACUCGGCCCUGGAAACCCGGAGAGCAACACAGAAAAGAGGUGGGGCGGUCCUAGAGGCAGACCCCGGCUGUCUCCACUCUCACGUCCCCGGAGCUCAGGGUCGAUGGAGCCGGGGAGGAGGAGGGAAGAAGGGUGGGGGGUCAGGUUGGGAGACUCUGGUCCUCACAGCCCGGAGGAAGAGGGAUGGGGGCGCGGUGGACGGGGAUGAGCCCGUCAUGGGGAUGAUGAGAGUCAGGUCUUCGAAGCCCCGGAGGCCGGAGGGGAGUAAGAAGUUUGGAGGGGCUGGGAGCGCAGAGGAGCUUGGGCGCAGUGGCGGAGGCCGGUCCUUGUAGCUCCUUAGGUCGGAGGGGAGGAAGAGGGAUGGGGGGUGGGGGGAUGGGGGCGCUGCGCGGUGGGGAAGUCUGGUCCUCGAAGCCUCAAAGGCCGGAGUGGAAAAGGAUGGGAGGGAUCGGGGCGCAGAGGAGGAGCAGGGGCGCUCUGGGAUGGGGGCGCGACCGGGAGGGACGGGCUCGGCGGAGAGUUGGGUCCUCGCAGCUCCGAGGUCCGCGCAGAGGAGGCGGGGCGGAGGGAGGGUGGGGGAGGGGCCGGCCGGCCGGCGGCGGCGGCCUUUCACUCGGGUGCGCGCGCGCGCUCGGCCCCGCCGGAGUCUCCGGAGCGGGAGCAGGAUGGAACCCCCGCGCGCACCCGCGCUGCUGCUGCUGCUGUUGCCGCUGCUGCUGCCGCUGCCCCCCUGCGUCCGGGGCAAGUACGUGCGGGGCAACCUCAGCUCCAAAGAGGACUGGGUAUUCCUGACAAGAUUCUGCUUUCUGUCUGACUACGGCCGGCUGGACUUCAGGUUCAGAUAUCCCGAGGCCAAGUGCUGUGAGAACAUCCUCCUCUACUUCGAUGACCCUUCCCAGUGGCCUGCAGUGUACAAGGCCCAGGACAAGGACUGCUUGGCCAAAGAGGCGGUGAUUCGGCCUGAGAAUAACCAAGUGAUCAAUCUCACUACCCAGUACCCCUGGUCCGGCUGUCAAGUGGUGUCCGAGGGGGGCGUCCGCUACCUCAGCUGCUCCAGCGGCCGCAGCUUCCGAUCGGUGCGAGAGAGAUGGUGGUACAUCGCCCUCAGCAAGUGCGGGGGAGACGGGCUGCAGCUGGAGUACGAGAUGGUGCUGACCAACGGGAAGUCCUUCUGGACCCGGCACUUCUCGGCUGACGAAUUCGGCAUCCUGGAGACAGAUGUGACCUUCCUCCUCAUCUUCACCCUCAUCUUCCUCCUCUCCUGCUACUUUGGUUACUUGCUGAAAGGCCGACAGCUGCUUCACACAACCUACAAGAUGUUCAUGGCAGCUGCGGGAGUAGAAGUCCUCAGCCUCCUGUUUUUCUGCAUAUACUGGGGUCAAUAUGCCAGCAACGGCAUCGGCAACGAGAGCCUGAAGAUCGUGGCCAAACUACUGUUUUCCGUCAGCUUCCUCAUCUUCUUACUGAUGCUGAUCCUGCUGGGAAAAGGCUUCACUGUGACACGGGGCCGGAUCAGCCACUCGGGCUCCGUGAAGCUCUCCGUCUACAUGACACUGUACACACUCACACACGUGGUUCUCCUUAUCUAUGAGGCUGAGUUCUUUGACCCAGGGCAGGUGCUGUACACCUACGAGUCCCCGGCGGGGUACGGGCUCAUCGGGCUCCAGGUGGCCGCCUACGUGUGGUUCUGUUACGCCGUGCUGGUGUCUCUGAGGCACUUCCCCGAGAAGCAGCCGUUCUACGGGCCCUUCUUUGCUGCCUACACGCUCUGGUUCUUUGCCGUCCCCGUCAUGGCCCUCAUUGCUAACUUUGGCAUCCCCAAAUGGGCUCGAGAGAAGAUCGUCAAUGGGAUCCAGCUGGGCAUUCACCUCUACGCACACGGGGUCUUCCUGAUCAUGACGAGGCCCUCGGCGGCCAACAAGAACUUCCCCUACCACGUGCGCACGUCCCAGAUCGCCUCGGCGGGGGGCCCCGGGCCGGAGGGGGCCCCCUCGGACAAAUCCUUCCCUCAGCACGUCUACGGCAACGUGACUUUCAUCAGCGACUCGGUCCCCAACUUCACGGAGCUCUUCUCCAUCCCUUCGGCGUCCGGGGCCAGCGUAAGCUCAGCCCUCGGGGUCCCGGCCACGCCCCCUGGGAGCUGGCUCCGCCCCCUGAGGACCUGGCUGCUCACUCAGGCACCCCUCCCCGGCCCGGAGGACGCUCCCCUCCCCUCCCAGCUCCUGGCCCCGCCCCUAGAGUACCUCACCCCGGUCCCCGCCCCGCCCCCCCAGACCCCCGACCGCCCCCUCCGCAGGGCCCCGCUGACCCCGCCCCUAGGCUUCAGGAGCCCGCCCCCCCCUCUCCCGUCCUGGGUCCUGGCCUUGCUUCGGACCCCGCCCCCGGCCCCACGCGUCCCCCCGCCCCCGGCCUUCCAGGUCCCCCCCGCCCCGCCCCGGUCCCCAGUCCCGGCCGCUCGGGCCCUGACCCCGCCCCCCGAAUUCGUCACCCACGACUUGACCAUGCCCUUAGAGUACCUGGCCCCCCUCCCCACCCGCCAGGGGCGCUUCCUCACCCUCCCCGACUGAGCCCAGGGGGCGGGGGGAAGGCGCCUUUCCUAGGGCGGGAGGGGGAGAGGAGACUUUGGGGACCGCAUUCUCCCCGCCUCCUGGGAGUUCCCGCCAGCGACUGAUCAUGCCCCUCCCCUCCCCGCACCCUCCCCCUCC